CACGACCACACUGGCCACCUGCACAAGCGCCUCUACCCGCAGACGCAGCUCACCCCGCCGUCCCGCCCGCUCGAAUGGGGCGACGUGAAUAUCAUCCACACCACUGACAGCCACGGCUGGCUGCUGGGGCACCAAAAGGCGUCCUUCCCCGAGCCGAACUACAGCGGGGACUUUGGCGAUUUCGCCUCGUUCGUUGCGCAUAUGAAGGAGAUCGCGCUGCGCAAGGGUGUCGACCUCCUCCUGGUGGACUCGGGCGACCUGCACGACGGGACGGGGCUCUCAGACGGGUACGGGCCCGGCGGCGUCGACGCGCACGACAGCAAUGGGUUCAUUGCCCAGCUGCCGUACGAUGUCAUGGCCAUCGGGAACCAUGAACUCUACGACUACGUGAACACGUACGACAUGCACACGAACUUCGUACCGAAACUCAACGGGCGAUAUCUGUCCUCGAACGCGAACAUCACGGUCUACGACAAGAAUAACAACAGCGUCAGCGUCCCUGUCGGUGACCGGUACGCAAAGUUCAAGACGCUGAGAGGGCGGAAAGUAACCGCCUUGGGGGUACUGUUCGACUUCACCGGUAAUGACGUGAAUACGACCGUGCAGAAGGUGGAGGACAUGGUCAAGGAGGCGUGGUUUGCGGACGCGAUCCGCGACGAGCCCGACUUCUUCCUGCUUGCUGGGCACAUGCCGGUGGCGCGAGACAAAUGGCCAGUUGUCUUUGAUGCGGUGCGCGCCGUGCACCCGCACACGCCGAUCCUCAUCCUUGGCGGGCACACGCAUAUACGGGACUGUAACCAGCCGGACGGGCGCUCCAUGGCGUUGGAAAGCGGAAGGUAUAUGGAGACGGUCGGGUGGAUGAGCGUGAACUUGGAUAAGCCGGGCAGUACGGGGAACCUGACGUUCACGCGGCGAUACCUCGACCCGAACCGCGUCACGUACCAGUAUCAUACAUCAACGAGCAACAGCACGUUCGACACGGCGCAGGGCACAGCGAUCACGCAAGGCCUCCUCGACCUCGCGCAGAAAUACGAUCUCUCGUACCAGUACGGCGUCGCGCCUCACGACUUCACGAUCAGCCAGGCGCCCUAUCCCUCCGAGAACUCCUCGCUCUCGCUCUUCAUCCAGAAGGCGGCGCCCGUGGCCCUCACGAUCAACAACACGCGCGCGGGCAUCCCGAACAUCAUGAUCACAAACUCGGGUUCGCAGCGCUUCGACGUGUACGCGGGGCCGUUUACGAAGAACGACCAGCUGACGGCGAGCCCGUACACGAACGCGUUCGUGUACAUCCCCAAUGUCACGUACGGCAUAGCGAGCCAGGUGCUGCCCACGAUGAACAAGGCGGGCGCGGAGCAGCGGAAGCGUGAGCUGUUGGAGGAAUGGGAGGGGGAGCUGUAUGGGAAGGGGGAGGUCGCGAUGGUGUACCGCAGGUGGUUGCGGGAGAUGGACGAGGUGGCGAAGAGGGAGGUGGGCAGGCGGGAGGCUGUGAAUGGCACCCUGGGAUAUGUCACUCAUGAUUCCUGCCCGGGCAUCGGGGAUGAUACAUACCACACCCCGCUGGCCUACUACGAUACGCCGGACUUCAUUGGCUCAGACGCACCGGCCAACAUCAGUGCCUCUGACCCCAUCGACCUGGUCUUCGUCAGUUUCAACGCGGACCAAGUACUGGAAACCCUGAAUGCGCUUCAAACCGAAAAGAACUACACGAGAGCGGAUAUGUCUUCUUACACGCCCAUACUGUCGAAUGAGGUGUUGGGGCUCUAUGCUGAGAGAGCCUGGAAUUCUAGUAGCGGCAGUUCCCAUUAACGACUUGGCCUCCGGUGCAAAAUGGUGGUGUGUAGGACCGUGGCAUCGUCGUAUGGAAUCCCGAUUCUUGCGCCUUCUCGGGGCAGAGCGUGCAUUAAUUGCAUGAACACCUGGGAGCGUUACGAAUCCAGAGGUGCUAUCGGCCACGCAUCCAUCUUAUAUCCUGACCUUUCCGAGUGAGAGGCGAAAGGUCAAUAAUGCAAGGCUUGGCUGAGUAGAGGGGGAAGGGGUUACCGUAUCUUUAAUUCAGGUUGUGGGCUACGCACAUAUGGCACUAUAAUCGUAUCACAGUCUUGCAAUAAGCAUGACAUUCCAUC